UCCCGUCUGCCCCGUGCGCUUCGCUUUGGUCUGUCUUCCGUCUCGCGGGUGGCGCCCUCGCGGUUUUGGGGCUGCGCCUGCGGAGAGAAGCGUGCGCUUGGGGGAGGCGGGGAGGCCGGAGCCGGCAUGGAGGUCCCUGCAGGGGUGGCGCCCAUCAGAGCCCCGUACCUCACCACAAAAGAAGAGUUUCAUGCUUACCUUGAAAAAGAAGACAACCCAAGAAGUAAUAAAGGUGACACCGAUGGUGGUGGUGACGACGGUGGGACGAAGGACGUCAGCAGUGACCUUUCAGAGCCUCCUCCCAAGGUGCAGAAGCUGGGAGAAGACGGACAGGAAGGGAACCUGCGGGAAGAGGCAGCCGAAGAGCUGAAGAAACCUCCCGGGGGGCGGAAGAGGGCACGAGGACAGAAUAAGAAUCGGCCGUGCAUGAACCCCAUGCACUAUGAGAAGCACCGCCUGUGCCCGUCGAUAAUCCAGGAACGUGCAGAGAAAUGCUUCUUUGGCUCUCAGUGCCGCUUCCUAGGCCCGUCCACCAAAACGGCUGGAGCCAUCACGGAUGAAGAUAUUGUAAAACUGAGGCCUUGUGAGAAGAAAAAGUUGGAUCUCCAGGGCAAGCUCUACCUGGCCCCUUUAACCACGUGCGGCAACCUCCCAUUCCGGAGGAUAUGCAAGCGGUUCGGAGCCGACGUCACCUGCGGAGAGAUGGCGGUGUGCACCAACCUGCUCCAGGGGCAGUCGUCGGAGUGGGCGUUGCUGAAGCGGCACCACACGGAGGACCUCUUUGGUGUGCAGGGGGGAGGCUGUGCCUUAAUGAGCCGCACCAACAAGUUUGAACAGAUUGUCCGAGGCAUGAACACGGUCUUGGACGUCCCCCUGACCGUGAAGAUCCGGACCGGAGUCCAGGAGAAAGUCAACCUGGCUCACAAAAUCAUCCCCAACCUCUGGGAGUGGGGGGCCUCUUUGGUCACGCUCCACGGCCGAUCGCGAGAGCAGCGCUACACCAAAGGGGCUGACUGGGAGUACAUUGCGGAGUGUGCCAGGCUCGCCAGCCCGAUGCCUCUCUUCGGAAACGGGGACAUCUUGUCUUAUGAAGACGCAAAUCGAGCCAUGCAGACGGACGUCUCGGGGAUCAUGAUUGCAAGGGGGGCACUGAUCAAGCCAUGGAUAUUCACGGAAAUCAAGGAGCAGCGGCACUGGGACAUUUCUUCUAAUGAACGGCUGGAUCUCCUUAAGGACUUCACCAGCUACGGCCUGGAGCACUGGGGGUCGGACACGCAGGGCGUGGAGAAGACCCGGAAGUUCUUGCUUGAAUGGCUUUCGUUCCUGUGCAGGUACAUCCCGGCCGGCCUGAUGGAACGCCUGCCGCAGCGGAUCAAUGAGAGGCCUCCCUACUACAUGGGCCGAGACUACUUGGAGACCCUCAUGGCGAGCCAGAACGUGGGCGACUGGAUUAAGAUCAGUGAGAUGCUUUUGGGUCCUGUCCCGGUCAACUUCACUUUCCUGCCAAAACACAAGGCAAAUUCUUACAAGUAGGCCCUCGGGUGAGGACGAGGAGACAGGGCCUUGUCUCUGCCCGGGAGGCCAGCGAAUGCGCCACUGCUCU